CCGACGCCUGAAAUAUGGAGUAAAAAAACCAACCAACCAGCACAGAGGAGGGAGUCAUCGGGGUCGCGUGACAGAGACUCAUAAGAAGCGUUGACCAGAGAUUGUUGUUCCUCAAAAGCGGAAGCAUUUUGCGAGAACCAACCACGAACAAUGGAUUUCCGAACUGCGUGUAUCGUGUGGGUGUCCCUUAUCGCGUUCACCUGUGCGGAGCCCGUCAAAUAUCACGACUGUGGAUCAGCUGUUGGAAAGGUUUCGAUGGUAGACAUUAAACCCUGCCCUAAUCAGCCAUGCCAGCUACAUAAAGGACAGUCUUACAGCGUCAAUGUGACUUUCAGCAGUGCUGUGGAAAGCCAGACCAGCAAAGCCAUUGUCCAUGGGGUCAUUGCUGGCGUUCCCAUCCCCUUUCCUAUUCCAAUCCAAGACGGCUGCAAAUCUGGAAUUGCAUGCCCCAUUCAGAAGGAGACAAACUACCACUAUGUGAAUGACCUACCUGUUAAAACAGAAUAUCCCUCCAUAAAGCUUUUGGUGGAGUGGGAACUAAAGGAUGACGAAGGCAAAGAUCUGUUCUGCAUCGAGUUCCCAGUCCAGAUUGUCAGCUGAAUAGGCACAUUCCAUUUUGCUUUUUAAUUAUAAAAGGGAGUUCAACUG